AUGUCCCGAAGAUCCUCCACCACCUCCUCAAGAAGAUCCAGCGUCGCAGACCUGUCCAACGCGGUCUCGAAGCCACCUAUCCUGCCACCAAUGACCAGGACCAAGAACCAGCGCACGGACUCGCCGGUUCCCAGUACCCCGGUCCGCUCCGUGUACCCCCACAAACCAAUCGAGGUCGACCCUCCCCCUCAGAUCGACAGAGGGUUCAGAGAAGCCACCAGCUCCCGUACUCCCGCCCCAAUGAAGGCAACGGGGAACAAACGUCCGCCAAUCCGCUCGCCCAGAAUCACCGUGCGAAAUGCCGGCGACACCCCUGUUGACACCCGCAAGAAAAGGAAGGUGUUGGAUACGCCCGAAGAGCCACGAAGAGGCAAAGCGAUCAUCGGCUCCGCCACUCUCAGUGUCUCCGGCCUGGACCCGGAAGAGGAUGAGUUCACGAGCGAGACCCUGACGAGAGACGUGGGAUACCAGCCCGGAGAGGAAGAGGAAUACUACGGAGCAGAGAAGAAUGGAGCUGUCUGCAUGUGCGAAAACCCGGACGAUAGCGCUUCCAUCUAUGGUCGCGUCGUCCAUGCGAACGCGGAGACCUCUGCUGUGGAAGCCAAUUCUACCACCCAGAAUGCCUCAACAACCAGAGACUGCCCCACCCUCAGGAAGACGAAGAAGUCUUGCAGGCCUACUUUGCCCAAGGACCUCCCGGAGAAUGCAGAAACCGACGGCAAGAUCGCUGCGACCAAGCACCCGAACGUCGGAAAGAAGAGGGGACUGCGUCUGGCGCCCUACGACCAUGAGAACGGCAAGUGGAGGACCGACUUCGCGAUGAAGACCGGGGAGGGGGAUACGGAGGAAGACCGACCGUACUGGGUCUCAGGGAGGGACAUCGAAAAAGUCAUGCUCCCAAGCCAAUACAAGGAGUAUACGGACGUCCCAUCCACCAUGUACACCCGUGUGCACGGCCUCUUCCCCCAACCGGUGCUGACCUCGCGCUCGAAAGCUCACAACUACAUGCGAGACUGGGAAAAGGAAUUGAUCUUGAAGCAAGCCGUCUUCGUCGUCAUUACCAACCUGGAGCCGCACUACGCGCAAUGUGCCAAGGCCCUCCGCAAAGAGCACGGCAUCCACGAGACUCCGGACGACCUAGAGGACCCCAAAGCACUGCUCCGCCAAGCCGCCUUCCCCCGCAUCGACCAGCCCAACUACCUUAUCUACGCAGGCCCCAACCUUUGGGAACUCGAGAUCAUCGUAGCGAGGUUUGGGCCCAAACCCAAAGACAAGCCGGAGGACAAGGAGCUGACGCUCGGCGUGCCAAGAGUAGAGUCUGAAUUGUGGUCAAGUCUGGCGUUGAAAUGGCUUGCCACCGGCGACCUUGGUUCGCUCAAGCCGAAGGGAUGGAGGACACCGGAGGGCGAAGCAAAACACGGGGGAUCACCGAGGUUCAGAACUCAACGGGGGCACCCAGCAGUGGACGCACAGGCGGUCAUCCACGGAGGGGUACGGACAACGACAACCUCCGGGGGAAAGACGAACAAGGGCAAAUUCCCUUACCCCACAGCAGAAAGUCGACACGUGAGAUACGGCCUUGGGUGGGCGGAAUACCUAGAAUUUGCGGAGAAUGCCACGGCACACAAGCGCAUGGCCAUUUGCCACGAAUGGAUCGACCCCGCUAGCCAUGCCCGACGGAGGAAGGUUAUCGACAACCUCCCUGCCCAAUGUCAACACAACAUUCCUGCGGGCUCCCCAGGCACUAUGUGUGUCAUCAACUUCAAUGUGACCGUCUACUGCCACGUGAACCCCAACGCCCAUGGGUUCACCGUUCAAUACAUCCACGGAAGCUUCUCUGCCGGAGACCUCGCCUUCUGCAAUUUGCAUCUCCGUGCCGACACACCCUCGGGCACGAUCACUUUGGUCCGCACCCAGCUAGCAGAACACACAGUGCUGGAUUGGGGACCACUGCCCGGGCGGAGCUGGACCAACACCUGGCGUUUCAGUCAGCCCGCCACGACGCCACAGGAUGUCCUGCACGCCCAUAGCCGGAAGGAACUUCGGGAAUCCUGGGCGAAGUACCGGGGCGGCUCAUGGCCUACCCAGGGGCUCAACAUUGCCCAGCGUCCCAAGGCCGACGUAAACUUCGAUUCUCAAAGUCAGCUUGAGACCCUCAAGACGAGCCUGCAGGAGUUGCCAGACAUCUACAUCGGCCACACUUCCAUCGCCAGCGGCGACGGAAUGGGCAACCCAGACCAAUUUAACGAGGAUAGGCGGAACAUGCUGUCCCGUUACACGGCAGGCGUCGACGACUUCGCCCCGAUCGCCCGCCUCCAGCAGCAAGAGACUGCCUGCAGAGCCCACGCCACCCUCGCCGCCAGCGAGCACGCCACCCUCGACGACAUCCUGGAUGCAAUUGUCGCUCGGUACCCUACUACCCCUCCGACCUCACCCCCGCAACCACCUCGCCCUACGCUCUGA